AUGAGGUUUCAUAGUAAUUACUUAACCAGUCUCACUUACAGGCGAAAAUUGCGUGUUCUAACUUAUGUCGGUGUCAGGGAUGUCGAAACGUUGGGGAGGAGCAGAUUCAGCAAGAAUCAGACGCAGAUCCUCUUCGGAUCAGUGAGCAAAACUCACUGUUACACAAUGGGUAGGUUGUCUCGGAUACUUCUGAUCUAUUUGAAAUCACCUUCUUUCACGUAUAGUCAAGAUACAUUUUGUUACAAGGAGAAUUAUGUCCAACUACCACAUGCUAACCAAGCUUUCGGAGGAAUAUUGGGCACCAUCAAAUCAAAUCUACCUACUGAACAUGGAUAUAUAAACAGGCCAAAAUUGGUAAUCUGAGUUUCCAAGUCAUAUUUUUAAGCUUAUUUCCUACGAAUCAAUUGAGGCAGCAUGCAGCUGUAUGCUUGCUCACGCCAAUGAAGCUGCACUCAGAAAUCUUUCCGACUAUGAACAAGAAAAGGUUAUCAUAGAUGAAUUUCUAAGAUGCUCUGAGCAAAUAAUCCAGUCAAUCAUUAAG